AUGCAAUUCAGAUAUCUGCUCUUCCUGGCGCUGGCAACGGUGGCUCUCGGAGAAAAGAUUCUCCAGGCCUCGUCACUAAACACAUGUAUGGCCAACUCGUCAGUGACGGCCGACUACUUCGACGUCAAGCUCUUUCCCGAUAACCAGACACUGACCUACAACAUCCACGCUAAAACUGACAUUGAAGGAAAGGUCAACGCCGAGCUCCAGAUCUGGGCCUACGGUAUUAACUUCAAGUCCAUUAAAAUCAACCCCUGUGAUGGUGACACCGCCCUGAAGACCAUGUGUCCCCUGUAUCCCGGAAACAUCCAGCUAGAGUCGGUGGCAACGCUGUCCAAGAGCGAUCUGGACCAGGUCCCCGGUAUCGGUUUCACCUUCCCCGAUCUGGAUCUCAUGAUCGUUGCCAACGUGUUCAUGGAGGACACUGGCAAGAAGGUUGCCUGUGUCGUCAUCCAGUUCUCUAACGGAAAAACCGUUGAACACACGGCCGUCAAGUGGGUCACAGCCGUCAUUUCAGGCCUGGGCCUGCUCGUGGCUGCUAUCGCAGCUACUUUCGGCAACUCCAUUACUGCCGCCCAUAUUGCUGCCAACUCGCAGUCCCUUUUUGUCUAUUUCCAAACCACCGUCAUCUUCACAAUGAUGUCCGUCAACCGAGUGCCCCCCAUGGCCGCUGCCUGGGGCCAAAACGUGGCAUGGUCUGUUGGUCUUGUCUAUAUCAAGUUCAUGCAGAAGAUCUUCCGAUGGUACGUCCAGUCCACCGGCGGAAACCCCACUCUGUAUUUAUCGCACAAGACCACACCCGUUCUGUUGCAGCGUUCGUGGGAACACUCUUUCGGCUUGGACCGGUUCCCUGUUGUUGGCAAGCUCGGAAAAUCUCUUCUGAAGGCUUCUCAGGCCAUGGUUAACGAUGUCUACGGUUCUACUGUCCACAGAGUCAGCUACCACCCAAGCGGUAUUCGAACCCGUGACCUGCCUUGGGACUCUCUGAUUGCUCGAGCUGUCACUGACACUGCCACCCAUCAUGGAGCUGUUGACCAGGGAUCCGACCCUUCCAUCUCUCCUCAGUCGUCCUCCACUCUGCUUGUUCUGCGAGGAAUGCUUCGAGUCAUCUACGGAGCCGGCAUCGAGCAGACCUCUGGAGCUAUCACCUCCUUCACCUUCUUUGUGCUCUUCUGCCUCAUUGUGUGCAUUGUCUUUGGCAUUCUCAAGCUGUUCCACUUUGGUAAGCACAAGCAUGUCAAGACCGUGGAGGAUGAUGUUCCCCACGGCUCAACUCUGCCCUCUUCUCAGCUCAAGACUGCUCUGAAGCGGACUCUGCUGAUUUUCACCCCUCAGCUGCUCGUCUUCUCGCUGUGGGAGUUCUAUGAGCGAGACUCUGCUGCCGUCAUCGUCAUUGCCGUCUUCUUCCUCAUCCUUCUGCUGUCUGUCAUUGGUUACGGCUCCUUCAAGGUGUUUAUGACUGCCCGACAGUCCAUCCGAGAGCACAACACCGUGCAGUAUCUGUUGUUCGGAGACCAGCACGUUCUAGAGAAGUACGGAUACCUAUACCUGCACUUCAACGCCAACCACUACUAUUACGUCGUCGUGCAGUUGGUCUACACUUUCGUCAAGUCUCUGUUCAUUGCCUACUCUCAGGGCAGUGGAAAGACCCAGGCCAUGACCAUCUUUAUCAUCGAGCUCAUCUACUUUGCCUGUCUGUGCUGGCGAAAGCCCUACAUGGAUAAGCGAACCAACGUGCUCAACAUCACCAUUGCGCUGGUGAACCUGCUCAACGCCUUCUUCUUCACUUUCUUCUCUCGAAUUUACAACCAGCCUCCCGCUGUGGCAUCGAUCAUGGGAGUCAUCUUCUUUGUGCUCAACUGUGCCUUUUCGCUCUUCCUGCUGAUUGUCACCAUUGUCACCUGUUUGAUUGCCAUCUUUUCCAAGAAUCCCGACACUCGAUACCACCCUGCUAAGGAUGACCGAGUGUACUUCCUACGAAACAACGAGAAGAACGCCGAGGAGGAAUUUGAUGCCCUUGGACAUCAGAUCAAGGAGGGCCACACGGUGGAGCAUGACUCGUACGACUCGAGUUACGAUCUCACCAUGCGAAACUCCAUCAGCAGUGCGGCUGCUGACCCCAAACCUACCAUCGAGAGCAGGUUUGUUUAA